CAAGGUCUAUGCUUAUAAAUGCACCCAUGUGCCUCAGCACUAGGCAGAACUAUAUUCCUUUUUUCCCCUCUAACAUCUUUCACAGCAUCCACUACUAAGAGGAGACAGCCCUUUGGAGAGGCGGUGGCUUGUGAAGGUUAUAGUACAGGGGACAAAAGGGACAGGAUGAGCAGAGAGGAAGGAGGCACAAAGUGAUGUAAGGAAUUAAUCUUGGAGAAAUUAGGAAUAUACGUGGACCAUCACAUCAUUAGGUUUUUACUUAAUCUAAUGCCAUCUGGGGACACUUCAAAGCUCUUCAUCAAGGAUUUGACUUUCGAAAAGAUAAACAUGAAGAUCUACCAGCCAAAAGUGCCAUCUGCUGGCCUGAGGAGAGGAGUUGUUUAUUGCCAUGGAGGAACAGGCCGGUUUGGAAGCAUUAAAGUCUAUACUAACUUAUGCUGCUCUAUAGCCACAAAGACUGAAUCAGUGGUCAUGUGUGUUGGGUAUCGCUUAGCUCCCGAGCACCCAUUUCCAGCCCAGUUUGACGACUGUCUCGCUGCUACCAUCCACUUUAUGAGGACGGCAGAAGACUAUGGGGUGGACCCCGCUCGUGUUAUUGUCUGUGGAGACAGCAGUGGAGGCACAAUUGCUACUGCUGUUUGCCAGGCCCUGGUGGACAGAACGGACCUCCCCAAGAUACGGGCACAGAUGCUGAUCUACCCAUUUCUCCAGGCUGUGGACUUUAACUUGCCUUCAUAUCAGCAGAACCAUACAAUGCCCCCUUUGUUAAGGAAAUGGACUAUUCAUUUGGGUCUGAGGUAUUUAAAUAUUGAUGUAUCAGUGGUAGACGGCAUUCUUAAAGGUAUUCAUAUUCGUGAAGAUCUCAGGGAGAAAUAUAGCAAAUGGCUGAGUCCAGACAAUAUCCAGAAUGAAUUUAAGAUCAGGGGCUAUGAGCCACCCAAACUCUAUCCAUGUGUAGAAGAGUAUUGUACCAAAGCCCAGGCAUUUCUGACACCAACUUUUUCCCCACUUUUAGCCGAAGACGAUGUUAUUCGUCAGCUCCCUGAAACUUUCAUUUUGACCUGCGAGUAUGAUGUGCUUAGGGAUGAUGGGCUGCUGUACAAGAAACGAUUGGAAGACAAUGAAGUCCAGGUGACCUGGUGCCACCUGAAGGAUGGCUUCCACGGAGUGGUCCCUAUAGCUAAAAUGUAUGGAAUUAUUUCAUUUGAGGCUGGUUUGAGAGGAAUCAAUGCCAUGGUGAAGUUUAUAAGAAGUUUAUAAAGAAAACCCUGUUCUUCAUGCUGGAAGCCUGGCAUUCUCUUUUCAAAUUUGCUUCUCUUAGCCAUUGGAAAAAUGCCAUGACCCUCUCAGCUGUCAGAGGUUUUAAGUCAACUCUGAAUUUCCAUCCUUGGAGCUGCCCCCUCAUAUUUUGCUCAAGGUGCUCAAAUUAGUGACUGCUUUUUCUGUCUGCUUGUAGUCGCUGCAGCCAGAUGAACCUUCAAUUCACUGACUCCCCUCCUCCUGAUACUUGGGAGGAUGGAUCUGCAGGAUAGGUGGAACAGUGAUUUGGGGUGAGGCACAAAUUCUGGUACUUUGUCCAGAAAGACGUAUAUUUGUUGCAGGUUGAAUCAAAGUGAAAGCUGAAGGGUCCUAGUGAAAUGAACAGAUUUAAGGAUAGUUGUUUCCAGAUUAUUCAAUCAAAGCAGCAUGCCCCAUCAGUCUAACACUGUUCAUAUUUCCUGGUAAUUUAUCAGACGAUGUAUUCCUUCCAGAUGUUGCAAGAAGUAAAAUGGUCUGAAAUGAAAUCUCUGUGCUUAGUUAUCGUGAGGAUAUUUGCUGGUCAGCCACCACAAAAAGGGCUUGUCCCAGGGGAUCCUUAGCCUGCCAGAGCAGAAAGCAUUUUGAUAAAUAGAUUGCUUGUGAUGACCUCUGUUAUGUGAUGCUUCAAAACGAUUAGCACAGCUGUGCCAUAAACCUGUACAUUUAUUUGAGACUUUACAUGGAGAAAUUGUUGUGCAUACGUGAAAGAAUGACUAUGCUUCAUCCCUUUAGGGACAAAUGGCCUUCAUUGGUUGGCAUUUUAAGAACAGAAAUAGCUACACAAUAUUACUGGGGAU